AUGUCAGGUCGAGGAAAGGGAGGAAAGGGUUUGGGGAAGGGAGGAGCGAAGCGACACAGGAAGGUUCUGAGAGACAACAUCCAAGGAAUCACUAAGCCGGCGAUUCGGAGAUUGGCUCGUAGAGGAGGAGUCAAGCGUAUCAGCGGUCUGAUCUACGANGAGACACGUGGCGUACUCAAGAUCUUUUUGGAGAACGUCAUUCGCGACGCCGUCACUUACACAGAGCACGCAAGGAGGAAGACGGUGACUGCCAUGGAUGUGGUUUACGCUCUCAAGAGACAAGGAAGGACUCUCUACGGAUUCGGCGGCUAG